CCACGGACAGAGCCCAGAGCCCCGAGCCAGCUGCAGGGACUGAGAGCCGCCUCGGUGGAGCGGGCUGGGGGGCGCUGCCCAUUUCAAGGACGCAGUGCCGUAGCCGUCCCCGCCUGCCAUGGCUAGAUGAUCCCGGCCCCGCGCCAUGCUGCAGUCCCGCGGCCGGUACCUGCUGCUCCUGCUGGGGGUGCAGCUGGUGGUGAUGGCGCUGCUGUACCAUGAGGGCUACCGCCGGCGGGUCGCCUACUUCCUGGGCAUCUUCUACAAAGGGGGGGCCCCGGCCGGGCUGGGGGGACCACAGAGCGCCGCCCACAAUGCCUCGCUGCCCGGCGACGUCUACGCCAACCUCAGCCUCAUCGCCCGGCCCCCGCUGCGUCCCGAGGAACUGCCCUACUGCCCUGAGACCUCCCCAUUCCUAGGGGGGCCGAUCCGGGUGACCUUCCCCCCGGGACUGACCCUGGAGCAGAUUGUGCGCAAGAACCCCUACGUGACGGCCGGGGGCAGGUACCAGCCCCCCGACUGCGACCCCCUGCACCGCACGGCCGUCAUCAUCCCCCACCGCAACCGGGAGCAGCACCUGCGCUACCUCCUCUACUUCCUGCACCCCUUCCUGCAGCGCCAGCAGCUCAGCUACGGCAUCUACAUCAUCCAGCAG